AUGUCUGCUCCGGCGAGCACCACCACGGUCACGGCGUACGGGUGCGCGGCGUGCGGCGCGGACCUGAACCUGUCGGCGGCGCACCUGUACCCGGCGGGGUGCUACUUCGAGGCGGGGAACAAGGGCACGCUGUCCUUCUCGUGGGUGGACGAGUCCCGGCUGCGGUUCGCGGCGGAGGACAGCAUCCGGCCAUUCUUCGAGACGCUCGACUACUGGGGCAUCCACCGGAAGCGCACCCGCAUCAGCUGCGACGCCUGCGGCCGCCUCAUCGGCUACGUCUACGACGACGGGCCCCCGGUCAUGGAGGGCACCGGCCAGUUCGGGAUGGGGCCCAGCCAGGUCAUCCCGCGACGGCCCAGGUACCGGAUCAAGAUCAAGGCCGUCACCACGUCCACCGGCAACGGCGUCUCCGCCGCCGCCGCGGCGCGCUGA